GCUCGCGGGGCUGCUCUUGCGAGGGCAGCAGCGGCUGGAACUCGCUCUCUCUCUCCUUCCAUCCUCCUUCUUCCCUUGAUCGGCCCCAUCACCAAGCCAGGCCCCCCUCCCUUGCCGUCAUCACGUCCCCCUUCUCCCUUCUUGGCACUUUCCAUCCCUACCAUCCUUCUGGACAAACUUUGAUGGAGAAUUUCACACCACGCUGGAAAAAUGCCGGUUAUGAAAGGAUUACUGGCGCCCCAGAACACCUUCCUCGACACCAUCGCCACCCGUUUUGACGGAACACAUAGCAACUUUAUCCUCGCCAACGCCCAGGUGGCUAAAGGUUUCCCCAUAGUCUACUGUUCCGAUGGCUUCUGUGAGCUUGCUGGAUUUGCCCGAACUGAAGUCAUGCAGAAGAGUUGUAGCUGCAAGUUCUUAUUUGGUGCUGAAACCAAUGAGCAGCUGAUGCUUCAAAUAGAAAAAUCACUGGAGGAAAAAACAGAAUUCAAAGGAGAAAUUAUGUUCUACAAGAAGAACGGGUCUCCGUUUUGGUGCCUACUGGAUAUCGUUCCUAUAAAGAAUGAGAAAGGAGAUGUGGUACUUUUUCUGGCCUCAUUCAAAGAUAUAACAGAUACAAAAGUGAAGAUUACUCCAGAAGAUAAAAAAGAAGAUAAAGCCAAGGGAAGAUCAAGAGCAGGAACCCACUUUGACUCAGCCCGGAGACGGAGCCGAGCUGUCCUUUAUCACAUCUCUGGGCACCUGCAAAGAAGAGAAAAGAACAAAUUGAAAAUAAAUAAUAAUGUUUUUGUAGAUAAACCAGCAUUUCCGGAGUAUAAAGUUUCCGAUGCAAAAAAGUCCAAAUUCAUACUUUUGCAUUUUAGCACUUUUAAAGCUGGCUGGGACUGGCUUAUCUUAUUGGCGACGUUUUAUGUUGCCGUGACUGUACCUUACAACGUCUGCUUUAUUGGCAACGAUGACCUGUCCACCACUCGCAGCACGACAGUCAGCGACAUAGCAGUGGAGAUCCUUUUUAUUAUAGAUAUUAUUUUAAAUUUCCGAACAACUUAUGUCAGCAAAUCUGGCCAAGUUAUUUUCGAAGCAAGAUCAAUUUGCAUCCACUACGUCACUACCUGGUUCAUCAUUGAUUUAAUUGCUGCCCUGCCCUUCGAUCUCCUGUACGCUUUCAACGUCACAGUGGUGUCUCUCGUGCAUCUCUUAAAGACUGUGCGGCUGCUUCGUCUUUUGCGUCUCCUGCAGAAGCUGGACCGUUACUCCCAACAUAGCACAAUCGUCCUGACUCUGCUCAUGUCCAUGUUUGCGCUCCUUGCCCACUGGAUGGCGUGUAUCUGGUAUGUCAUUGGAAAAAUGGAGAGGGAAGACAACAGCCUUCUGAAGUGGGAAGUUGGUUGGCUCCACGAGUUGGGAAAGAGACUGGAAUCUCCCUACUAUGGCAACAAUACCUUGGGGGGCCCGUCCAUCCGAAGUGCCUAUAUCGCCGCUCUGUACUUCACUCUUAGCAGCCUCACCAGCGUGGGGUUUGGGAACGUCUCUGCUAACACAGAUGCAGAGAAGAUCUUCUCCAUCUGCACCAUGCUGAUUGGUGCCUUGAUGCACGCCUUGGUGUUUGGGAAUGUGACAGCAAUCAUACAGAGGAUGUAUUCCCGAUGGUCUCUCUAUCACACCAGAACUAAGGACCUGAAGGACUUCAUCCGCGUUCACCACCUGCCCCAACAGCUCAAGCAGAGAAUGCUCGAGUAUUUUCAAACCACCUGGUCAGUCAACAACGGAAUAGAUUCAAAUGAGCUUCUGAAAGACUUUCCAGAUGAGCUGCGUUCUGACAUCACUAUGCACUUGAACAAGGAAAUCUUGCAGCUGUCCCUGUUUGAAUGUGCCAGCCGGGGCUGCCUCAGGUCUCUGUCUCUACACAUCAAGACCUCCUUCUGUGCUCCGGGGGAGUAUCUGCUGCGCCAAGGGGAUGCAUUGCAGGCCAUCUACUUUGUGUGCUCGGGCUCCAUGGAGGUUCUUAAAGACAGCAUGGUGCUGGCUAUUCUUGGGAAAGGAGACUUAAUUGGAGCAAAUCUAUCAAUUAAGGACCAAGUGAUAAAAACUAAUGCAGAUGUGAAGGCUUUAACCUACUGUGAUCUUCAGUGUAUCAUCCUCAAAGGCCUCUUUGAAGUGCUAGACCUUUACCCAGAAUACGCUCACAAAUUCGUGGAAGACAUUCAGCAUGACCUCACAUACAACCUUCGAGAAGGGCAUGAGAGUGAUGUGAUAUCAAGAUUAUCGAACAAAUCCACAGUCUCACAGUCAGAGCCCAAGGGAAAUGGCAGCAUCAACAAGAGACUCCCAUCCAUUGUGGAAGAUGAGGAAGAGGAAGAGGAGGGGGAGGAAGAGGAGACAGCCUCCCUCUCUCCCAUCUACACAAGGGGAUCCUCCUCUUCACGCAGCAAGAAGAUGGGAAGCAAUAAAAGCUAUCUAGGCCUAAGCUUAAAGCAGCUGGCCUCAGGAACUGUGCCAUUUCAUUCCCCUAUAAGAGUCUCCAGUUCAAAUUCCCCCAAAUCCAAGCAAGAGACUGACCCCCUUAACCAUGGUAAAAGGAAAGAGAAGAACUUGAAAUUGCAGCUUUCCACUUUGAAUAGUGCUGGACCCCCAGACCUCAGUCCAAGGAUUGUUGAUGGAAUUGAAGAUGGAAAUAGUAGUGAAGAAAGUCAGACUUUUGACUUUGGUUCUGAACGAAUCAGGCCAGAGUCCAGAAUUUCUCCUCCUCUUGGGGACCCAGAGAUUGGAGCUGCUGUUCUCUUCAUCAAAGCAGAGGAGACCAAACAGCAGAUAAACAAACUCAACAGUGAGGUAACAACGCUGACUCAGGAGGUCUCCCAGUUAGGUAAAGACAUGAAGAAUGUGAUGCAACUUCUGGAAAACAUCCUGUUACCUCAGCAGCCGUCAGGGCUUUGCUCUCUGCAUACCGCCUCUGUGUGUCCAUCCAGAGAGAGCUUGCAGACCAGGAUGAACUGGAGCAUGCACCAACCUUGCCUACACUUGCAAACAGGUGGAGCGGCUUAUACCCAAGCACAACUUUGUCAUGGGAAUGUAACCUCUGAUAUUUGGAGUGUGGAUCCCUCCUCUGUGGGGAGCAGCCCCCAGCGAACUGGAGUUCAUGAGCAAAAUCCAGCAGACAGUGACCGUUAUCAUUCUCCAAACCUCGAUUAUUCACCUGCCCACUACCAGGUCGUCCAAGAAGGUCAUUUGCAAUUUUUAAGGUGCAUCUCUCCACAUUCAGAUACCACGCUAACCCCUUUGCAGUCUAUUUCGGCUACCCUCUCUUCCUCUGUCUGCUCCUCCUCGGAAACAUCUUUGCACUUGGUUCUCCCAAGCAGAUCCAGAUCGGAGGAGGGCAAUUUCAGUCAGGGACCUGUUAGUUCCUUCAGUCUGGAAAACUUACCAGGCUCUUGGGACCAAGAAGGAACAGCAUCAGCCUCUACCAAACCCUUGGAGAACUUUCCACUGGAAGUUGUCACAAGCACAGCGGAAGUGAAAGAUAACAAAGCCAUAAACGUAUGAUAUCAGCACACAAGAUGCAGCUGCCAUUUUGAAACCCACCACUGCAUGACAGCUUUAGUUUGCCUUUUCUGCCUCUGCAGGCAAAGUUGGGAAUCCUGCAGAGGAGUGUGUGAGGAGCCAGUGAAAGGCAGAGCCACCUCCAUACUGUAGCAAAUGAUUUCUAGAUCCUAGAAGCAUAAUACAAACAUUUUUCUGUACAGGUAUUAACUUCCUGGUCUGUUUGACAGACUUUGGUAAAAGUCCAAAGACCCCGAGGGUCUGAGCAGCUAGAAGUCCCAGACAAAGAAUUUGUGGAUUAGUUUUGUCCUAGGUGGCUUUUGUGAAGUGCAGCAAAGGUUUUUCCUGAGUGCCUGUUUGUCAUUCCUGAACAAUAUCCAUAGCGCUGUUGGCCUCGGGAGCGCACAGCUCCCGCUGAUCUAUUUUUCUUUUGGUGAAGGCAAAGGGACAAUUAUCACUGCAUGUCAUCUCCUAGACAAUCAGUCAAAUAGAGCUGGUGGCCAGUGGUUAGCUAUUCGCACGUUAUUUGCCAUGUAAAUGAAAACGUCUUUAUUUAUCAAAAAAAAAAGAAGCUAUUUUUAUAACCUUGGUAUGAAAUAUGUAUUUAAACUAUUUAAAAUAUUUAUAAAGAAAUGGAUGUUUUCUUUUCAUUUUGGUAAAAAAAAAACAAGCUUGCUGUUUUAACAAGAAAUGCACUACUGUUAUGUAUAGUAGAUCAAAAAUUAUUUAUUAUUAAGAGGAUGUAGCUUCAAGAGGAAUCUCCCUUUUAUCUGCAUGCAAUUUACAACAAAUGUAUCCUCAUACCUCUGGGUUACAAAAGAAAAGUGAGACCAUAUUUUAUUUACGAAAUAAAAAUGUAGACCGAGUGUCCACUCCAUGAGCUUUGGCUUGGUGGUAGAGAGGGGUCCAUCUAGUCUGCUGACUCAUGAUAAUGCCCUGAGUUAAGGCAGCCCCCAAGCGCCAGCAGAAACACCUCUCCUCCAGGUGUCAGACUUUGUAAUCCAGGAACCCGAAUUUGGUUUGCAGAAUAGGAGAUCACCAUCUACAUUGAGCCAGUUUGGGCUCAAAGUGAGAUAAAAGCCUUGCGUUUGUCCUUUCCUAGUGGCUUUCUUUCCUGGGAGGCUGUGAUCUAGCAAACAUUUCCAAAUGGAGCCAAGACUUCCUAGCUAUGACUGCUAAGAGUGAUCCCAGCUUGCCUUGGGUCAAUGCCGGACCUCUUUUCUUUAAUGCUCCCAACAAAGCCCUAUCUCUGCAGAGCAUUUGUUGACAGUCCUAAUUGGCUGGGGAAGAGAAAAGUCCCAGAGAUUACACAGCCAGCAUCCUGUGUAGGUCUAGAACCCAGAAUGCUCCCUACCUCUCAGACCCACCUACUGCAGGCUCAAAUGCUGGACUUGGCAAUGAUUUAAACAUUCACUUAAGUUGUAUUUUAUGUUUAAGAACAUUUAAGCCUUGAUCAUCCCACACAUUUAUAAAAGACACAUUGAGUUCUGGAGUCCUCCUGUUUUUAUUUCCUGCCACAAAGAAUAAACAGUCUGAGAAUUGCAUCAUUAAAAACAUCUAAACAAAC